CGCCUGCGGGGAAGACAGCCCUCAAGACCCGCCCCAAAGGGCAGUUCCCACGAGUUGGCUUCUGGGCGGUCCUUCACCAGGUGACUUCUCACUUUUCAAGCCCUACUGCUGUGAGUCCUGUUCCUGUGCCGGCGUCCGUACCUCUGAGGGUCUGCCGCUCACCUGGAGAGCUGAGGACGGUGGCAGCGCCAUGGAGGACCCUGGGAGCUCAGCGCAGGAUCCUGGGAGUGCCACGCAGCUGCUAGGGGGCGCCUGCUGAGAGGACUUCUGCUGGGAGCUGCAGCUGGGUGUCAUCCUCCAGGAAAAGUGACAUUGCCCUAGCCAGGUGAAGAUCCUUGAAGACCAUGAACAAGAAAAGAAUCUCUGUGAUUGGGUGGAGCCUGUUGGCUCUGUUUUGUCAAUGGCUGCCUGGAUGAAGUCUUGGAAAACCUGUUUGCUUUGAAAGGACUGAUGACAUUGGAGAGCUCUGGAGGUAUCAGAAGAUAGAAAUAAUCUGGAGAGGAAGGAAGGAUGAGAAACAAAAUCACAUACAUUAGAAUGCACAUAAGGAUUAGAAAAUGUAGAGUGGUUCCUUCUGAUAUCUCUUAAAGCGAGGUGCCCUAUGGCCCUCAGGACCCUCGAAGUGGAAGCUGCUGUCCGUGUUCACACACAGGCCUGCGUGCACACAAGGAUUGCUGUUGGCUUCAAGACACGAGCAUCUGUGACCAGGACCCACGCACCAACCAGAAUUUCCACACAUGCAGACAGCAGAGGAGCAUCUGCUACUUACACCAGCCCCAGAACUUUGGUCCCAGCAUAAUGAUGAAUGACUUCUCAGACCAACACCUGCUCUCCAGUUUGGCUCAUAGAAAUCCAUAUUCUCAAGGUCUGAAGAUGAUUUUGAUGACAUCAGUAGAUACUGAGUAUGCUCUGGCCAGCUGGCGAAAGAGGCAGGAUAAGUCCUGGCUGUACAUUUACUGUACAAACAUGGCAGUAUUCUUCAGCCCUUCCCCUGAUGGGGGGGCUGAAAUGAACCUUGACGGAGAGCCUCAGAUGAAACUUAAAGAAAUCAUACGGGGACUACAAGCUGAACUACAAGAACACAAACUGAAUUUCCGUGAUCUGGAAGAAAAGUUCAUCUUAUGUCAAACUACCUUGUAUACCCUUGCCAACCAGUUCCAAAAAUAUCGGAGUGGUGCAGAGGAGGAGAGUGGAAAAGAACAGGAAUUACUGGCUCCCAGUCUGAGACAAGCCCCACAGGAGGAGAAAGAAAUCCUGCAGGACGUAUUGAAUGAGGGCUGUAACACUUGCCCCAGUCACUCUGAAUCAUCAGAUAUCCACCAGCCCCCCUGCUUCAGUGCUGAUCUCUUGGAACACCAUGACAAUGAGGACAAUGAUAAAGAAGAGUCACUUUAUUUCAGCUGGCUCAGCAGUCUCAGCAGUGACCUGCAGGAAGAGGAAGAGAAUGACCUCCAGCUGGAUGAAAAACAUUUUCGGUACUCUGGUCAUCCUGAUUCAUGUGACACACAAGAACUUGUCAGAAGCUCUGUGUUCCCAUCACAUGAGCCAAAAGUCAGCUGUACUGUGGAUGGAACCAAACUGAAUUUGGAUACUUGCAUUGAACUGCAGAACCUUCCCACGCUUGGGGGUGAUGCCCUUGGAGGCUUGGCUGUCAAAACACCUGGAUGUGAGCUGCAUGUCCUCACUGAUACCAGGAGUGCUGUGAAACAGAAGAUUAUGAAAAGAAAACAACUCUUCUGCAAGUGGAGAAUGGCAUGCAGAUUCCCAGUACUUCAAGCUUCAGAAAACCAUGAAAAUGAUGAUGAAAAAGACCAAAAUUCGCUGAAUUCCAGCAUUCCCAAUGGUGAACUGCAGGAGGAGAAAGAGGAUGACCUCCUGCUGGGGAAAACUUAUUUUAUACCCUCGGAUCAUCCUAAUUCAUCUAACACACAAGAACUUGUCAGAAGCUCUGUCUUCCCAUCAGCUGAGCCUAAAGUCAGUUCUGCUGUGGAUGAAGCCAAGCAUGUCCUCAAUGAUGCCACAGGUGUCGGCAAAGAGAAAAUAAUUAUAAGAAAAAUUCUGAUGAGCAAGAGGAAACUAGCAUGCAGAUUCCCUGGCCUUCAGGCUUCAGAGCUGGAUUCAAAUGAUCCUUCAGGAAUGAAGAACUCUCUGAAGCUAGAGGGUGAUUCUAUGGAUGGCUCCUUCGCCAACAAGCAUGGCCGCCACAUCAUAGGCCACAUCAAUGACUAUACUGCUCUCAGAGAGCAGAUUGGGGAGGGGAAACAGCUGGUUGAAAAGAUCCAGUCUCUCCUGAGGCCCACAUGCAACUUCCUGGGCCUUGAAGCUCAGAGCUCAGAGGCACCAGGCAGCAAAUGUUUCCAUGAGCUAAGAAGCAGCACCUGUGCCCUGCACCACACCCUAGAGGAGUCAGCCUUGCUCCUGACCAUGUUCUGGAGAGCAACUUUACCAAGCUUCCACGGCCCUGGGCUGCCUGGCAAAGUGGAUGAGACAAUGGAAAGGGAGCUCCUGGAUCUGCGAGCCCAAGUAUCCAAACAGGAGAAGCUCCUUGAGAGCACAGCUGAGCAUCUGAAGUCUGUUAACCAGCAGAAGGAGAACAUGGAGCAGUUCAUUGUCAGCCAGCUGACCAGGACACAUGAUGUUUUGAAGAAGGCAAGGACUAACUUGGAGCUAAGGCAACGGUUGCACCUUACACAGUCACAUAGCCUGCUUCAAAUACAUCACUCUCUGACAUCAGAUCUGUGAAAUCCUUAAGGGUCCUUCUGUGUGCUCCAGCAUUGAGACCCUUGCCUUCCAGGAGCCACAAAAGAAGCAAAGCCACCACAGGUCCCUUAAACACGAGGAAGCCUAGGCCUAACCCCCUCACCACAUCUGAACAACUGUCUAUCUGCUAAGGAGCACCUGGGCCCUAUUCCUUCAAAUCUGGUGCAGGUCUGAAGAGGUGAUCAGAAAUGUCUACUACUAGGGUAGUAGGAAAGGCAGAAUGACUUCCUGGAAGUGAUGGAAUACCAGUAGUCAAAUACCACCAGGCUUCUCACUAGGCAAAGUGUACCUAAGAGUGCAUGCUAAACCUUGAGACACUGCUUCUGAACAGCCUCAGUGACACAGCACCUGUCACAACACAGUUCUCACCUCAGCAGCUCUCCUCAGAAAAUCAGCUCUGGGGAAAUUGUUGCCUCCUACACAAGGGUCAUAUGGUUCCAAUGUAGAGCUCCUUGGCAGUUCCAGAAGCACCCUAGUGAGCAGAAGGGCACUGUUGGACAGUGUCAGUGAAACUCAGCUGGCACCUUUCACAGAUCCACACCUGACCAGGUAGCUCCUCUAGGCCAAGCCAGGCUGGACUUUGCACUGCACCAUCAGGUCUGACCUCUUUGAGUCCAUGUGAGGAAGGAAAUUGAUGACUUGCUAAGAGGCCCUCUCAUUUAUAGCCUAGCACAAUCUGCUUCCUUUAUUCAUUCAUUCUCCAAAUUUUACUGCCCCCACUCCUCCACAUUAAGUAUGCUGUGCCAUUUUGCUAACCUAACAUCCCUCGGGGAAAUACGAGGCUGAUGUCCACACCAAGCCUAUGCAAAGUCUUGCAUACGGCAGCCUCUACUUGUUUCUUAGUGGUGUGGGCCAGGCCCCAAUUGUACUGAAGCCUCCUUUGUGUCUUCAGAGUGCUCCUAGGACGUGAGAAGGUAUGAGUAAAUGUAAGAUAGAGGUUUAUUUAUGUUGCUGUAGCCAUAUGUUGAAGGCCAACAUCACUCAUGGCAGGCAGGGUGAAACUGUAAUGGUCUUUUGGUGGCUUUUUUUUCUUUUAAAGCAAAGUUUGUAUAAAUAGUUUCUUUUUUUUUUUUUUUGUCUUUGUUUCCCAUUUCUACACCAGUCCCUAGAACAAGUGUUAAGAAUAGAAAAUAAAAUAAGCCAAACC